GACGCCAGUUUCUGCUGACCGUUCGCAGAUUCGAAUAACAAGGCCUUGCUUGACAUCGUCGGCAUCAUCUCUGUCUAUUUCAGCUACCAUCCCUUGUCAUCUCCACCGGCAUAAUUUCUUACAGCAUGGGCUGGUUCUGGGCAGAUACACAACCCAAGCCUACUCCCGCGGCUCCGAACCCGCUGGCGGCCUCCGACGCCUCGCCUCCGCCGGGGUGUCCCAUGCACGUUUCCAAUAGCACUUCUGCUUCGCCGACUCCAGCUGCUUCGGAGGCUCCAAGUGCCUGUCCGGUCCGACCUACUGACUCCCCUUUCUAUGCGCCACCCAAGCCGCAAUCUCCAGGAAAUCAAACACCACCACCACCAUCCGCUACCCCAGGCGAGACGAAGUCCACUCGUUCGAAACUGAACCCUCUGAAUUAUAUGUUCGCUUCUAUCUCUCAGGAAAAAGCUCCCAACCAGACCGUGGAUCUUCCCGUGGAACGGGAACUUUCGUCCAUCCCAAGAUCCGACAACGAAGGUAACUGGGAAUACCCUUCUCCGCAACAGAUGUACAAUGCCAUGCUUCGCAAGGGCUAUACCGAUACUCCGCAGGAUGCUGUUGAGGCGAUGGUUGCCGUCCAUAACUUUCUGAAUGAGGGUGCCUGGGACGAGAUCGUGCGAUGGGAGCGCAUUUUUUCCAAGGGCCUCGCGGAGGGCUGGGAGAAGUGUCGACGUGGAGAAGAGAACCUCGCAAUGGAGGAACUCCGGGAACAGAUCUCUGGCUCUUCCCAGCAGACCCCUGCGCCGCGGCUCAUCCGGUUCCAGGGCCGGCCUCAGGAGCUGACGCCCAAGGCACGGAUUCUUCAAGCCCUAGGCUGGAUUUAUCCGGCUAAGUUUGAAUCAAGCCCGCCCUUUGAUAGACACGACUGGUUUGUGAUGCGACAGACCCCAGCAGGCCCGAAGGAGGUUCGUUAUGUUAUCGACUACUAUUCCGGCCCACCGGAACCCAAUGGAGAACCGGUGUUCUUCCUCGAUAUCAGACCCGCUCUGGACUCACCGACCGCUGCCGUUGAGCGGCUGAUGAGAUGGGGAGGAGAUGUUUGGUGGCGGGCUAGCGGCGCCUCAGUUCGAGAGAAUGGCGGAAACUAACCGAUCGUGAAUGUGGUUCUCAAUGUUGAAUUUCUUGGAUCUUUUGCACUGGUAUACACUCCGAGAAGGCGCGGGCGUCUGACCAAUAGUCCUACUCUAUGGGACUGUUCUCCUGUUUUCUGUGGCUUUUCAUUUUUAUCACACCCCUCUCAUGUAUCAUGUAUUCUUUACUACCUUUUGCUGUGAGCUCCUUCAACGGUCAAGUUGUCCGUGGAGGACAACGACCGCAAUGAUCUCUUGUACUCGGCUCAGGUAUAAUUUUCUCAUUUCUCUACUUGGCGCCGAGAAUCUAUACUUCGUUCUGGAAUCUGUUCUACAUGUAUUAUAGAGUGCGUUCUGAAUUUGUUAAUGCGGCGGUUGCAUCGGGAUUUGUAUUCAUCGUGGUUCAUAUUCUAUCGAUGUUCUAAGUAUCAAUAAGAU